AUGGCGAGAGAAGAAGUUAGAGGCAGCCGCGGCGAGAGUGCCGGGCUCUUAUCUGCAGGGAACGCCGCCGCCGCAGUUGGUCGGUCGAAGGCAUCAAGGAGAACGGCGGAGUCCAAGGGUCCGACACCAAGUCCUGCCGUGGCUUACACCCCAAUGCCACCCCCGACCUCUGCAGCAGUCGCAACUUCCGUCGCACCGGUCAACACAGCAAUAGCGACACCGUCACCCACUGCGCGAAGGACGGAAGCUCCUAUCGAGACGACGGCGCCGACCCGUCCUGCGGUGGAGACACCGGCACCGAUCACGACGGCAGAGGUGACCACCGGGCCGGUGGCGUCGGCUACCCCUCAACCAACCGCGAGUGCCGCGACUCCAACACCGACUAUGCGGGUCACUGCCGGGCGGACACCAGCGCCGACCACAGCAGCAACAGCGGUAACGAUCGCACCGAUCACCCCUACACCGACGGCACCGGGAGCAACGCCGACGCCAACUGCGCAGGAAACCCCCGUCCCGGGGACCGCGGCGGUGGCCACUAGAACGCCGGCGGCGGUCCAACCGACGACCGCCAUGAGCCCGGCUCCUCAGGCCACAGGAGGAGAAGUUUCAUCAGAGAGCCCUGUCGAGAGCACGCCGGCGCCGACGGCAGCGGCGGCGGGGGCGGGGGGAGCAUUGGACCCCUCCGAUGCCGGCACAACGCCCACCUCACCCUCUCCCGGCGAAGACGCCGACGGCUCUGCCGAUGGGGGGGGCGCCAGCGGUGACGGCGACGGGGACUUCGUGUUCGGCACCGGGCUCAGCGACGACGAGAAGCGGGACAUCAUCCUGGGCACGAGUAUCAUCGGCGGGUUGGCCGUGGCCCUGGUGUUCGGGGCGUGCUUCGUGGCCAGGUUCAACGCGAGGGUGGCACGGCUGGACGAUGAAGACGACGACGACGUGGACGUGACGAGGCGCGGAGAGAGGAGGAUCGCGAUGAGGAAAGGGUUCGCGAGUUACCGUCUGUCGCGCGUGGCGGACACGCAGGUAUAAGAGAAGUGGUUGUCCGUUCAGGUCACCUGGCCGCAGAUGAGUAAACCAGCCUUGUAGGUGGCCUCUACUCCUAAUUUGCACCAAAGUCGUUUCUUUUCCUUUUCCAUUGGGUCGUCGGUGAUUGCUUGACACUGGUGUUUCAAAAUCUUGCCGGAUAGCCGCUGGUUUGUACUAAGACGGAGUGUUUUGGUCUUGGAAUAUGCGUCUGUCUCCAACACGGACUUCCUCUGCACAACCAAUGCCAAGCAUUUCCUUGUGUUGGGGAAUUCCAGCUUGAACGCUUGUGCGUUUCAUCCCGGACCUACCUUCCGCCCUCUUCUCAUCAAUCGUCUGGUAUUCCUGCAAUAACCUGUAGCCCGCUGAUUCUGUUGGUUCUUUGCUGCAGUUCUUGGGUUCGCCACCCGAUAAAAGCACAAACCAUCCAAGUUUUCCAUUGACGGUGGCUUUGGCCUACGGCAGUGAAGGGGUCAAAUCAGCCGCCGUCUCUCCUGUGUUCCUGUGUGUAUUUUCUGCGCGCUAGCACACACGUGCCGUGUAUACUUUGGUUUGGAAUCCGUUGUUGUAGUACCUUGUGCGUCAGACAAUCAAGCCCGCGCCGGUGAUGUGCGUGAUCGCUUGCUGCGCCCGUGCCUGUGGGAGAAUUGAGCUUAUCAUUGCGCACACACCCCAGCCUCGAGCCAUUCGCAUGGCACUAGCGCAUGCGACACACAAAGCACUUUGGCUUCUAACACAAGUGUCACCGUGUUUGUUGAUGUUUGGGGGUAUGGUACUGAUGUCGCUGCAGUAUUUGAUCUGAGAGUCGUCGUACGUUCUAGGCUCACCUUGGCCUGUAAUAUGUUUCCACGAAAGUGGAAAAUAUGUUACCACGGGGAGUGGAAUGAGGUGUUUGGGGAGGGAGGAUUGUCUCGUGUUGGUGUUGUGUUGUCCUGUGUUGAGUACCAUUGUUUCGGCGGUGCCUGAAACGGUCUGUCUGCUGUCUAGAAAGAUUGGAUACAGAUUUGUAUCAUUAUUGUUUUGGGUUCAUUCGGGUUCGCUAGGCUCGUCGAGUCAAACACGUCAGCUUGGGAAAAAAAGUUAGCCCUGCUGCCUGCUUUCUAGUGUCAUCUUGUAUCAUCCCUUGAUGACAAUGCUUUGCUCUGUGAGCCCCCUCUCGUGAGGGAUCGCUGUUUUUGUUGCGGGGUUUCCAAGCGGUUAA